AUGGUUACUUUGAGUUAAGGAUCAAGUUCAUAAUGUAGAGAAUUGAAAUUUAUCAAGAAUUUAGAAAUCAAAAAUUUGAGAUUUUUUAAAGAUCAUUUAAUUGUUUUAACUACUUAAAAUUAAUUGUUGAGUUAUUUUGAUGAUUAAUUAAAAACUCAAUCUCAAUAACAAUUUUCUAUUGAAAAAAUGGAAUAAUAUAAUAACAUAUAUUUAGCAGGAUAUACAGAAUCUUAAUAAGGAAAAAUAAAUAUUGUAAAUGAAUAGCUAUAAUUAAUUUAUAAUUAUACAUAUUCAGAACCAAUAUAUGAUCUCAAAUUACAUUAAAAUGUUAUCUUUUUUUCUACUGAAACUGCUAUUCAUUCAAAUGAUGGAUAAUUUGUACAUAAUUUCAAUAUUCCAUUAAAGGGAUUUGAUAUUAAAGAUAAAUAUUUCUUAAUAUAUGAGAAUUUCAAAGUAUUUAUUUAAACUAUAUAUUUAAGGGAGCCCAUUUAUUUUAUUAUGAUGAAAAAAUGAUAGCUCUAGGAAGUUUGAAUUAUCCAUGUCAAUAUGCUUCCUUUUAUUAUGAUGAUAUAAUAUGUUUCUCAGAAAAUGAUGUUAAAAUUGCUAAAUUGAAUUUACUUACAUUCACUAUCAGUGAACAGAUGGAAAUUGCUGUAUCAAAUCCUAUAGAAGUUACUUGUGUAAAGGAUAGAUUUUAUGGAACUCUAUAUGGUGUAUUAGGAUAUUACGAAUGA